UGUGGUCGUCUAAAAAUAGUGGAGAUCUUAAAAUGCAUUGUGUACGGAGGUCUAAUCGAGUCCAUCACCAGCUUGAGCGUCGUCGCCUCUGGGGCCGCCACAGAUGCCUCUACAUUGAAUGUCUUUGCUAUUGGAUUGGCACUCCUAUUCAGUGGCCUCAUUGCUAUUGGCAAUAAGCUUGCUGACUUAAAGAGGGGUAGAAAUAAACAUUACAAGGAGCAACUUGGUGGUAGUAAGAAGGAGUUUGUAUUUCACUCCACAUUAGUGAUACUAUCAUACCUCGUUUUCGGGCUGGUAACCCCCUCUACUUUCGCCUUCACCUUUGUCGACAAGUACGCCAAGAUUCUUGCUGCGGCUGCUGCUGGUUUUUCUUGCAUUUUCAUCCUCGCGAUUGCCAAAGUUUAUACAAGCGAAGACAAACAUGUGCUCCAUUCCUACGUUGAGACAGCCCGCAACUAUCUUAUCAUUUCAUUUGUUACCUCUGGAAUCGCGUACACGGUGGGGUAUAGCAUUGACAUGUACGUGCUCAAGCUUGGACUGUUUACGUCAGUUGAACGCGUUAGUUGUUACCACGGUGAGGCCUACAAGGUAAACCGACGAGCUGAUCCUGUUGUUCCAUUUUGUUUGUUGUUAUUUUUGGUUAUGCACUAG